AUGCCGUCUUACUUUGAAAUUAGCCAAGGACCGUGGAUUCUGUGGGCUUUGGCUCUGGUCAGCAGUAUCCUUUAUCUGGUUUUUGUCGGGCUGCGAUUUGAAUACGCUUACUAUUGGCCCAAACUGUCCGGUAUAUGUCGCCUGUGGAACGAGGGCGCACACACCAGCUCGCACAGUCAAUUGCUCAUCAAUACGGACGGGGCAGACUCGUCAGCAUGGUCCACAGACUCACAGAUACAGAUUAAUGGCCCCGAAUCUACAUGCCAAUGUCUGCUCGUCAAUCAGCUUGUUAUUUGCGGUCCAUUCUGUUACUUGUGCAAGCACUACACCAUCCCACCCAUGACCCUCACACCAGAACGUUCACUCGUUUGCCUUGGACAGAUACCGAACGUCCUGAUGUUGUCCAAUGUUGCAGAAAAACCACUGAAUGAGUUGGAAAAAGAAAUCACCUCCUAUUUCAGUUCGUUUGAUCCACCGAUCAAUGUUCAAUGGAUUCGACCUUUGUACGACGUGUAUCAGAUUGUCACACAAGAACGUGCAAGAUUGGAAACCGAAAUGCUUUUUCAAUUGGCCGAGUCAGAGUUCAACCGUACCGGUCGUGAUCCCCGCUUCUGGCACGGAUUUUGUGGCUGCGGAACGUGCUUGAAGGUGUUCUGUGCUUCUUGUUGCUGUUGCUUCCCGUGCGUACGACAGGCAAAUGAGCAGUCUGAUCUGGCUCGUGAAGUCUAUCAGGAACGCCUACUAACCGAAAAAAUUUGGCUUGACGGUCAAUAUAAACGGCUGGCUGGGCUCACACAACGACCUAUCGGAUUCACCAGUGGUGUGGUUUUUGUCGGUCUCACAAAUGCAGAUGAAGCGUUGCGUGUUGCCACAGAAUUCUCAAUUUACCUACAACGAGCCAUCCCUACGGAUUACACAAUCCAUCCAAGUACUCACACGAUAUGCCUACCCGUGACACGUUGGUCCAACAUGCUGUUGAAUAAAGAACGUGCAAGACACUAUGCUGGUGCACCUUUCGGUCAUCUACAGCUGGCUCCGCUGCCUGCGGAAGUUCUGUGAUUGUAUAUUGUUUCUUCUGUUGCGGGGUUCUUCUUGCAGGGAAAGAGUUGA